AUCUCUUCGUCGUCUCCGCACUGCACUGAAGAGUGAACCGGGCCAGCUGGUCCGACGAACAGCCAGCUUCCCCUGCCACCCCGUCACACGAUGACCACCUAGUGUGUCGGACGAUUGCUUCUAUGCGUGUGCUAGGCGUUUACGUUAAAACGAGUGCGAGCGAGAGAGUGCGAAACACAAAGUGUGGAGUUUGGUUAAUGGAUGAGAGGGUGCGGGGAAGCUGCAACACACGGAAGGGCGAGUUCCGUGUUGAUACUCCCGGGCUCCUUUGCAGCUGUUGAGCCACCUUUACGGCGGAAAGAUAAGCUGCUCCGCCCGACCCUUUGCGUAACGAGCCGCGUAAACAAACAUUUCCAAUUUCUGCCCUGGGACAGAGGGCACAGCAACGCAGCACACUACGCCUGCCAAUAUCGGGGCCCAGCAAGCGUGCAAUCGUCACACAUUCCAAACGGCCUAAUUUGCCUACCCGUUUGCUGUUUUGUUACGGUCAUCUUUCAAUCCCUUAAAACGCAAAGGAUAAACCUCAGCCACCACCAUCAGAAUGCGGUUCAACAAGCAGGAGCUGAUCACACUGGCCACGCAGCCGAGCAACAAGUUUGAAAAGGAAGGGCCGCUGCACGUGACGGAAAAGCAGGAAGGUUUCUUCCGCAAAACAGAAGAUGAGUCGCAAACGGGCGCGAACGAUCGGCUCGGGCGCGGCAAGCGCCAAAAGCCAUUCAGUUGCAUCGGUAGCGCAUCGAGUCAAGUAAGCCUCGAGCGAUGGUGCAGGCUGCGGGGCAAUCUGCUGUUUUACUUCAAAAACACCGACCCGUUCUCGGAGCCGCAGGGCUGCAUCGUGCUGGAAAAGUACAAAUGCAUCAUGCCGCCCAACCACGAGCAGCAGGAGUACGAUGGUUACGUCUUCUAUUUGGAGUUUAACGAUGGCCUUCGGCAACGCUUUGCCGCCAACACGCAACAGGAGCGACUGGAAUGGAUGCAGGCGAUCGGGCUGGCCGAGUACGACAUCAAGCGGGCCCAGCUGAAGUAUCUGCGCGAGCAGAUCGACCGGAACCGGGGCACCAUUCACGACGUCGACAUCGAUAUGCUGCGGCUGCAGACGGGGAAAGAGAUCGGUAAGCAAUUGGUCCGUCACGAAAGACAAGAUUUGAACGAAAUCCCCAUCUGCGAGUCGGUCAUCUCGUGCGACAACCUGCUGUGCGACGGCAACGGCAAGCCGCCGAACCCGUCGGUCGUGGUGCAGGUCACGUCCAACAACCGGUCGUCCGGCUGGAUCAAGUACGGUCGGACGGAGGUGAUCGAGCGCAGCUCCAACCCCCAGUUCAUCUGCACCAUCGCGUUCCGCACGUGCGACGGGCUGCACAGCGAGUCGCUGAUACGCUUCACGGCGUACGACGUGCGCGAGAAGGUGACGCAGACGGCCGUUCCGAUCGGGUGGGCCGAGAUAUCGCUCGGCGUGAUAGCGGACACGUCCCGGUUGCGGAUACCGCUGCGCACCCAGGCUUGUGGCGAGAAUGCGGGCUUUCUGACGAUCGCGACCUGCACGCCGGACAUGGAGCGGCGCAACAAUCCCCGGUCGCCGCUAAAGUCGGGCCUGUUCGCUAGCACCGAGGCGCAGGAGCUUCUUCAGCAGCAGCUGCAGCAGCAGCAGUACCACCUCCAGCAUGAACAAUACCAGCAGCAGCAACAGCUGGGCCAUCGACGGUCCCAAUCGCUACCGCCAAAGCUGGGCAUCAAGCUGUUCAUUCCGCCACCGUCAAAGAUUGGGCUGGUCUUUACGAACCCGAGCAUCCACACCUACCGGCUGCAUUCCGGGCUCGGCGGCGACAUCAGCGUGCUGGAGGUAAUGCUCGAAAGCUACCUGUGCUACAUCAUCCCUCAGCAGCUGCUGUCCGUGUGGAUCGCGCGCGAGAAGGAGCUGCUGCAGGAGAUCUCGGGCAUGGGCGAGCUCGGGGGCGAAUGGCGCCAGCGGCAGAUGGAGCUGCUCGACAAGCACCUGAAGCUGCUGAAGGACUACUCGCAGGCGAAGCAGUACCUGCACCAGCAGCAGCAGCGUGGCCGCUCGUUCAAGCCGAGCUGCCGCAAAGGGGACGAGACGCUCGAGUUUGCGCCGGUCAACCUGCACCUGCAGCGCAUGUGGGCCCACAACGACACGCUCAAGCGGGCCGGCAUCCUGGACGUCGUGACGGUCGGUGCGUUCACGCGCCACUCGGGCAAAACGAAGACGGGCGGGCUGAUCAAGCUGCUGCACCAGAUCAAGGACUCGCCGUCGAAGAGCGAGGGCCAGCACAAGGUGGCGGCCGCGAACGAUGCGGUGCAGGCGAUCAAGCAGCUGCGCAAGGAGAUUGUGGAGAUCAUGUCGCAGCUGCUCUACCUGGCCAAGUCGAAAAACCCGAAGGGCAUGCUGCCGCUGUGCAACGAGAUGAUGACGAAGACGCGCGCCCUGCUGAACAUCUGGGAGCCGAGCCUGGUGGAGGAAGCGUUUGCGUUCAUCGAGCGGCACCGCAUCAUCGACGAUGCGACGGCGGGCGGUGGUGGAGAGCCAGGAGACACCGGUUGUCGGGAUGGUAGCGGUGGUGGUGGUGGUGGUGGUGGUGGCGGUGGUUUGCUGUCGGCCAACAGCCUGACGGUGGCGGCCAUGUCGCCGUUCAAGAAAAUUACGCAACAGCUCGGUGCGCUCGAUCUGAAAUCGCCCGAGCUGGAAGACUUCUCCACCCCGAUGGGGCCGGCGCCCGACCUGUGGCCGCAGGUACGCACCUCCAAAUCGGGCACGCUCGCCGUGCCGAGGGCCAAGCCGCCGGUGGUGCCGUCCCCGCCGUCGCUCGACCUGAGCGACACCAUCGCGACCAUCCAGAGCAGCUUCAGUCAGCUGCAGCAGGACGGAGCGGAAGGGGAGCAGUCCGGCAGCCAGGCGGCGGCGCCCUACACGCUGCCGAGCCCGUGCUAUCUGCCCACCGAGCAACCGUCCACCUCGAAGGCGAACCAACCGAGCGGCGGUGGCGGUGCAGUCACGUUCAGCGAAACGCAUUUCGACAUUAACGGCGAAGUGACGCUCAGCCACGUGCCACCGACCGUGCCAGCGAUGAAGCCGGCCGCCGGCAGCGAGCCGCCCCCGCAGCUCGCCAGCCUGCCAAACAUGGGCUCCUCUACGCUGACGGCGAACCAGCUGCUCGAGAACAAGAACGAGCUGCUCUCGAACGUGUACGACGAGCAGGGCUACCUGAUCGAGAACACGGCCAUCGUGCUCGGCCACAACGGGGCCUUUCUCGACACGAAGGUGAUGAGCUCGAGCCCGUCGGCCAACUACUACCGGCCGACGGAGGAACCGGAACCGCUCGACCUGACGCAGCUCAACAUCGAGGCGAGCGUGAUGUGUCUCGUGUCGAAGGUGAAGUUCCUGUGCGGCCGGUGUGGCAGCCCGGCGGUGCGUUUGCGCGCCCCCAAGGGCUCCACGCUCGGCACGCUGCAGCGCCCGACCAGCAUCGAGACGCUGCAGACGUACGUGGUCACCAGUCAGCCGCUAUCGCUGCCGCAGGCCGCAGGAGCAGCGGAAAGUGUCAGUAAGCCGGCGGCGGGCAGGGAAGCGGAUCCAGCACAGGAGGAGCAGACGCCACCGACGCCCGCAACCAUUAGCGAUGUGGCGCUGUGCGGCAUCGAGAUGAAAGCGACCGCACCGCCGUCGCUCAGCACGAGCAAGGAGCUAAAUCUGGCGCUUACGCAAGCGGUCGGCGAGGUGGCGCGCAAGGUGAAGAAGGGCAACAAGUUCACGGACGGGCUGGACCUGUCGGCGACCACCGACUGGGCGCUGGAGCUGCGGCCCUCGAUGAAGAAGCUGCGGCAGGCGAUGGACGGGCUGCUGAAGACGGCCCGCCUCAUGCACUCGGUCCAGCGGCUGCAGCAGGACAUGCGCAAAACGAGCGCCACGCUCGCGAUUAUGUACCGGCGGGACGUGUGCUUCUCCCAGGCGCUCACCUCCCUGGUCGCCGGUCUGAUGGCGAAGCUGUGGGGCCAGAACGUGACGGAGAACUUCAUCAGCGUGCUGGUGCACCUCGGCCCGCUCGCCUACUUCGAGGGGCUGCUGUCGCUAUACGGCAACGAGACGGACAUGUGGGGCGACAUGAGCGUGGCGGUGGAGGACCUCGCCACCGUCGGGUUUACGCUCGUGCGCAGCAACCUGCACCGGGACACGAAGGGCGCGAUACCGGUGCCGCGGGUGGCCGGCUCCCGGCAGGCGCUGCGCGUCCUGCUGCCCGUCCCCGAGUCGGUCUUCUGCCACCUGCCGACGAAGGAGGCGGUCAGCUUCCGCGUCACGCCCGUCUUCUUCAACAUAGGCAUCAACGAGAAGGCGACGGUGGCGGAGACGCUCGGCUUUACGCGCGAGCAGCACCGCUCGAACUGGGACAACUACGACCGGCUGAAGCAGUACCACAGCCGCUACCGGAAGGUGCCGUUCAACUUCGUCAAUCCGCACUGCUCGGCCAGCCAGGACACGCCGACGAAGGUGGGCGCGUACACCACGCCGCAGAAGGAGCUGCUCGUGCCGGAGCACACGGUUAUGAAGUUUCUGGCCGACCUGGAGGGCGAGCUGCGCGCGAACGGCUCGAAAAACUACGCCAUCCUGCAGCUGGCGGAGGAGGUGACGCGGGCGGUGCAGGGGCUACGCUUUACGUCGUGCAAGAGUGCGAAGGACCGCACGUCGAUGGCGGUCACGCUCGAGCAGUGCCGAGUGCUGCAGCAGGAGUUCCAUCUGUCCGCUGGGAAUGCCCAAAACGUGCUCAACACGAUGCGCAGUGAAGGCACCCGGUCCGACAAUACGAUGAAAAACGUGGGCACGCGCAAGUACGCGUUCAACAUGCCGCAGGUGCUGUCGCUGCCGGCCGUCUAUCGCCCGCCCGCAGGCACGUACGGCAAGGCGCAAACUUAGUGCCUGCCGGGCGCGCCACCAGCCAAGGGUGCGCCAUCGUUUUAAGCCCCCCAUUACACAAAUGCUAGCUUCUAAACACGUCUAACGUCUACGUAAUAGUUAAGAUUGUUGUUUCGUUUGAUCUUCUUUUUUGUUUAAUUUAACCAUUUUUUUAGUUAUUUACAUUUGUUGUAGAUUCUAUAUUGUUUCGUUUUAUCACCUUCCCACGCCAACCUUACUUCGUUGGGUCGGUCGGUUAACUUUACUUUACACGCGUUAGACGUAUAGGUGGCAAAAGUGAGAUAUCUGUUAAUAAGGGUUUUUUUUUGUUUUAAAUCUUAUAACAAACAGUCUACUGAGGCCAAGCAACAGCUAAGAAAGCUCAUUAGGUUAAAAAGCGCACAUUAACAUUAUUUGUGGCGAUGCAGCAUUUAGUCUACCCUUGGUUUUACCCUUUCGCAUAAACGGGUUCAACGCGGUUAGAACGUGUUUGUGUUCCAAGUGUUGUUGCAGCAUAUUUGUUCGUCUAACUCGUCGUAAUACUCACCUGUACCGAAUUUAAUAUUCUACCCCUUCAUUAUUUAAUCCGCCUGGGCUUAACGUUUCAUUUCCUUCGUGCUCGUUCCAUUCACGCUCGUUCAAGAGCCUCUUACCUUGCUUCUGAACAAAUGUAUUUCAUAAUAUUAACGUAAUAUUAAAGUAAAUCGAAGCUUUAACGAUAUCGUUUUCCAGUUAAAAGUUGUAGGGUAGCACCGAGCAAGAGAAAGGGUAGGGAAAAGAAAUCUUACUAAUCGAAUGAUAUAACUUACACCACUUUUUUUAAAUUGAAUCUUUUAUCCAUUACUAAUAACACAUAACAAAAAUACCACAGUCCCCCCCCCCCUCAUAUUAGCCUAUUCAACAUUCAUACACACACUCGAAGGUUUCUUCUGGUUCUUACCGUAGCAGGAGUGUGUAAUAUAGCGGGGGUUAAGCAUUAAGCAUGGAGAGGGAAUAGAAGAUGAGUAAAAUUUGGAUAUAGCAUUUUUCAUCGCAAAUAACGCGUUAUAUUAGUGAGGAGGGGAGAAGUACUUAGCGAAUUCAUCAUGAAACUCUAACCACACACCCACAUCAUCUAGCGUAGAUAAAUUCGUUCCAAAUAGAAUUCAACUAAUUAAAAGAAAACUACAUAGUCAUGCAUAGUCCAACAUAUCUUGGAACAUUUGUCGAAAAGCAGGCCAAAAGACGGGAUGAAAAAUUAAACGAUAACGAAUUAACUGUCAAAUACGGAGGCAGAUACUUAAACGCGUGUGGUUACAUGGAUAAUGCAGGGUAAAGAAGCAAUUGGACUUAAAACGGAACUGUCAUUUACAAAAGAAAUACCGCAACACUGUUUAUCGUACGUUUUGCAUUGCAUCGCAACAUGUGAACUCUGUGAACAUUGGUGUUCUAAAAAUCAGUGCCAAUCUAAUUUUGCCUAAUCUAAUCUAAAAUUCUUACUUCCUACGGAAACACAUGUUUAAAAUUUCGCACGCGUGUGACAUUUUUAGUCUGAAGGAUUGCCCGUUCUCUGCCCAACGGGUGGCAACUCGAAUCCAGGGGGGUGUAGGGUUCGCGAUAGGUCAGCGUAUGCAUAGUAAAUCCUCAUACAUACACACAAACCAGUAUCGUUUUCAGCAUAUUGUUAGGGUAGGACCAACAUAUUCCGACAAGCGCGUUAAUCAAAUCGUGUAAACCUACGUAAGCGUAACAUUGAGUGAAAUUUGAAAUCGAAAAACCAAAUGCACUGUGUCCCGCCCUUGGUGUGGGACCGAUGCGAGUUACAAAACCUGUUUCUAAGCCCGGCUGGAACUCGACGAGAGCGCGAUCGGGAGCUGCUGGUAAUAAAAGUGAAAAAUACUAACCAAAAA